ACUCUCUGCACGACCCUUCAUCAGCCUCACCAAAAAGUUUAAGUCUUUGCUACACUUCAAACAAAAACCAGAAGGGAUAUCCCCUUUUAGCCAUCCCUCUGAUCCCGUUUUGUCCACUUUGGACCACUCAGUAAAGUUGCAAACUCAACAUCCUCCUACCUUUAUUAAUAAUUCAAACCCCUCUUUAUGGCAUUCUUUUUCAUUUCAGUCUUAGAUGCUUCUUUUAUUGCAUUCCUUGUUAGGUUUGAAUCAAUCAAAUUCACUGCUCUGCUAACUUUUCCAACCAUUUAAAUCCUCUGCUGUACUCUCGUGUUUCUCUUAUCAAACCCUUUUCUUUUUCUUUUAUCCUUCGACCCUUCUUCCAACUUCCAAACUUUUCAACCAAAUGGCAGUUGAUCUUUGCUCAGAAAACUGUGGAGUUUCUUCCUCUUCCGUGAGUCCUAGAAUCUCAUUCUCACACGAUUUUUCCCACUCUGAUGUCAUUCCCGUUGAGCAACUCCCUUUUAGAUCAAACUCCUCUGGUUUGAAUUCCGGCAUUGAUUUUGAUUUUUACGUCAGUGAGAGCUUUGAGCUGGAGUCAUCUUCGGCCGACGAGCUUUUCUCACAUGGGAGGAUCCUUCCCACUGAGGUCAAGAGAAAGAACGUUCCUCCAAAGCAAACGGGCCAAUUAGCACCAAAGAAUAACCCUCCAUUGCCUCCUCCUUAUGCUGCUCCACCUACCUGUAAAAACUCAAAGAAAGAGAACCCCAAAGAAAGCAAGUGUUUGAACGAUGAAGUGUACGAGAAGCAAAGUUCCAAGUCCUUUUGGAUCUUCAAAAGAAGCAGCAGUUGUGGAAAUGGACACAGAAGGAGCUUUUGUCCUUUGCCGCUUCUAUCGAGAAGCAAUUCAACUGGAUCAUCAACCCCAAACGUUAAAAGGAAUCCACUUUCAAAGGAGGGUGGUGUCAACAUUAGGCCAAAUUCACAGAAACAUUCUUCCACAAGGUUGUCUCACUCCUACGUUCCAAACGGUUAUUAUCAAAAGCCUCCAUUGAAUUACAAGAGUCAUCAUGGAUCCUAUGGUAGCAGUGUUAGAGUGAAUCCUGUUCUGAAUGUUCCUCCUGCAAACCUAUUCGGUUUGGCUUCAAUCUUCUCCAGCAAUAGAGACAAGAGCAAGAGGCAGCUUUAGUUUGCUUGCAAACCAGUGGGGUCUGUCUUGUUUUUCCAUGUACUUCUUAGGUUUACCAGUUACCAUGUGAACUAGAAAAACGAGGUAUAGGUAAAACUUUGAAUGGUGAAUGGUUUGCAUCGUGAAGACAAAGUGGUACAAAGAGAUGCGUGUGAAGGUGAUGGACAAGAAUGAUAUAAUGCAAGCACAUGUUUUGGGGCACAAAAUGACAGGUAACUGUUGUUUUCGUGCCUGUACCUUGCUUCUUGUUCUUGUUCCUCUACUUUUGUUCUUUGGACUAUGUGUAAAUACAUUGACUUUCAUUUUAGUAUCUCUUCUUCCUUUCUUA